CACCACCAGGUUUGCGGCUACACUGUUGGGGAGGAUCUCUUGCAACAACAAGCCGACUUUCUUUUUUCUUUGUUUCCCUUUCUAAUCCUGUCCCUUUUAUUUUCUCGGGCUUUUGUUGCUUAUCAUUCUUCAGUGCUGCAGAGAUGUCUGCAACGCAGUUGCUCAACCCCAAGGCGGAGUCGAGGCGGAGGGCGGAAGCCUUGAAGGUGAACAUCAGUGCUGGUGAGGGUCUCCAGGAUGUUCUUAAGUCCAACUUGGGUCCUUCGGGCACCCUGAAGAUGCUGGUGGAUGGUGCGGGUGGUAUCAAACUGACGAAGGAUGGAAACGUUCUUCUCCGUGAGAUGCAAAUCCAAAACCCCACUGCCGUUAUGAUUGCUCGGGCUGCGACUGCGCAAGACGAUAUCACUGGUGAUGGAACAACCUCUGUGGUUUUGUUGGUAGGAGAACUUCUGAAGCAGGCGGAUCGUUAUAUCUCCGAAGGUCUACACCCUAGGGUUAUUACGGACGGCUAUGAAAUUGCGAAGAACGAGACUCUCAAGUUCCUUGACCAAUACAAGAUUGAACGUACAAUCGAUCGCGAACUUCUCCUCUCCGUCGCGCGGACGUCGCUUAGCACCAAGUUGAAUAAUGCCCUUGCAGAGAAACUAACUCCCGACAUUGUUGAUGCUGUACUUGCUAUCCACCGAGCCCCCGAGAAGCCUGAUCUGCACAUGAUUGAAAUUAUGACCAUGCAACACCGCUCGUCUUCCGACACGCAGCUUAUCCGUGGUCUCGCUCUCGACCACGGUGCUAGACACCCUGAUAUGCCUAAGCGGGUCGAGAACGCUUUUAUUCUUACUCUAAACGUCAGUCUAGAGUAUGAGAAGUCAGAGAUCAACUCAGGCUUUUACUACUCAUCCGCAGAGCAGAGGGAUAAGCUCGUGGAAAGCGAGCGCAAGUUCGUGGAUGCUAAGCUACAAAAGAUUGUGGACCUCAAGAAGCAGGUCUGCGGUAAUGAUCCUAAGAAAGGAUUUGUUGUCAUCAACCAAAAGGGCAUUGAUCCCCUGAGUCUGGAUGUCCUUGUGAAGAAUGGAAUUUUCGCUCUCCGCAGAGCAAAGCGGAGGAACAUGGAGCGUCUUCAGCUUGUUUGCGGGGGUAUUGCACAGAACAGCGUGGAAGACAUGACGCCUGAUGUUCUCGGAUGGGCUGGUCUGGUCUAUGAGCAUCAGCUCGGAGAAGAGAAGUAUACAUUCGUCGAGGAGGUCAAGGACCCCAAGUCCGUUACUAUCCUUAUCAAGGGACCCAAUCAGCACACCAUUGCACAGGUUAAGGAUGCUGUUCGGGACGGUCUGCGUUCCGUGUACAACACUAUCGUGGAUGGUUGCGUUAUCCCCGGCGCUGGUGCCUUCCAGGUCGCCUGCGCAGAGCACCUGUCUUCCGACGACUUCCGCAAAACGGUCAAAGGAAAGGCCAAGUGGGGUGUUAACGCCUUUGCCGAUGCCCUCCUGAUCAUUCCUAAGACCUUAGCGGCCAACUCUGGACACGAUAUCCAAGAUUCCUUGGCCGCUAUGCAGGAUGAGCGGUCUCAAGGCAGCAACACGGUUGGCUUGGAUCUGACUACCGGUGACCCGAUGGACCCCGUGCAGGAGGGUGUGUUUGACUCGUACCGUGUCCUCCGUAACUGCAUCGCUUCAAGCACGGGUAUUGCCUCCAACCUACUUCUCUGUGACGAGCUCCUGAAGGCCAGGCAGAUGAGUAGACAAGGUGGACCUGGCGGCAUGGAUGAGUAAUGUGAUUGUUACGCGAUAUACAAGAAAAGACCAUAUCAUCAACAGCAGGGGGGAGCUGUCUUUGGAAGUCACGGUUAUUAGAGAACAGCUUAUGCCUAAAAUGUACCGAAUAAAAUCAAAGAAGUCAUACUAAUAAACUUGAAGAAACAUAUGUGAAUUCGAAUUUCUUGACGCAG